AUGGCCGACACACCAACUGGCGGCAGCAGUCGCCCGGCCGCGACGCCGGCAGGGCGAACGCCAUCCCAAAGGACACCGUCCGAACGCACAUCCAACCCGAAUGCCUCCGUCCACACGCCGCUCGACCGCACCGGCCCCCGCGAGCUCGCCAACUCGGUCCGCCGAGGCCUCAGCGCCUCCGGCGGCCGCAGGAACAACGCGCCCACGCCACACGCGACCGCCGCCCGACGGGCGCUCGAGCAGCGCCGAACCGCCAUGUUCACGCCCGGGAAGAACCGCCGACGGAGCCUGCGCGAGCAGCACCAGACGCCGAUGAACAUUCUCAACCAGCUGGCGAAGCGCCUGGCGCCAUCGACGCAGCAGGUGCCCGCUGCGAGCUCGUCGCCGAUGGUCAGGGAGCCGCGGUUGAGUUUGCGCCCGGUGGCGGAGCGCGAGGAGGAGGAGGAGGACGACGACGACGAUUACUUGGAGGACGAGGCAGACGUGGAGGAGGAGGACGAUGACGACGAAGAGCUGCCAGCGCCGCCGAGAUUAUCUCUGGCGCUGCAGGAGGAUGAGGACGACACGAUAGAGCUUCGCCCUCCUCGGUUGUCUGUACUCCCAGACGAUAACUUUACAAAUUACACGGUCGGAUCGGUCGAACUGCCGCGCGAGCAGCCAAAGUCAAGAUAUUCGCGUGGGAGUUUGGGCAGUGUACGCCGGAGUGACUACUUUGACCCAAACGAGCAGACGGUAGAGAUAAGUGGGCGGCAGUCGGACUUCUUUCCUGGCUCGCUGCUGGAGAACCUGCAAGGCAGAGCAGAGGACAACGCGGCUGCAUUUGAACGGUUCGAUAAUGACGCUACAAUGCGUACGCUCGGUCGGGAGAGUGAGUUUACGCUUGGUGUGCCCCCGGACAUGGCCGAUCAGACUACCUUCAUGCUCUCGGAACCGGGCGGCGAUGCGCCACCUACUUCCCCCUUCCCAGGCGAUUCAGCGGCAGCUGCGGCGGCACGAACGGGGGGUGACACAACGCGUGGCAAUAUUUCCUUUAUCCCGGACAUUUCAGCCGCCGGAGAAGAUCUGCCAGCAUUUGGCGACGACGAUGAUGACGAUGAUCAUCGCGAGCGUGAAACCUUUGACGAUAUCGAGCCCACAGGUAGACAGGACCGCGAAGAGCAAGAGGAGGAGGAAGACGCUGAAUCCGGUCGCCGCCGUGUCUCUGCGCUGACUCAUGGGGAAACGUUCAUAUCUGAGGGUGAGGAUAGCGACCCGGCCGACGCCACAGCGCGCCAGCAGGACACGAGCAGGUUAAGCUUAGUGGGAGGGCCCGCGCCCGCCCGCCGGGGUCCGAAGCCCAAGAAGAAGGUGAAGCGCAUCUCUCGCCACGGCGCCGAGUACCCGCCGCUGCCGGCGCCGUUCGUGCGACGCGUGGCGCACCGCGCUGUCCAGUCGUCCGGCUUGAGCAACCACCGCAUCUCGUCGGACGUGCUGGCUGCGCUGACGCAGGCGUCGGAGUGGUUCUUUGAGCAGCUCGGGGAUGAUCUGGGCGCCUACGCAGACCACGCGAAGCGGACCGUCAUUGAAGAGAGCGAUGUGUUGACCCUCAUGAAAAGGUAG